AUGGAGGACGUGUCGCAUCUUUCGAACUUAGACAUCGAAAUCCGCAAAUCCCACAGCAUCCACAACUUGCAUGAGGUUAUAACAACUCACAUCCACAACACCACCUCCCACUCCCUUUCUACGUUCAACUACUAUUUACAUCAACAACAGCUCAAAAUCCACCCCGAUUUCCAAUACAACAAGCACAACGAAUCCAUUUUUGACGACGAGAAACUAUUCCCAAGUUUGACAUCUACAACGGCCAAGGACGAAGUCACCUAUGACCACUCGCACAAUAACGCUGGUGGUGCCGAUGACGUUCUAGUGAAGUUCGAUAACGACAAUCCCGACAUGAUUAACUGUGCAACUUUGCGAGCAUUGAUUGUUCAAUUAACGUCGCCGGAAGUUAUAGACUAUAACUUGGUGUGUGACUUCUUUCUCACCUAUAGAAUGUUUUCUACCAGCAGCGACGUAAUGGAUUUGCUAUUAACAAGAUUGAUCUGGUCAUUGCAGUAUAUCAACUCGGAAUCUGACACAAAUAUAAAGUUAGGAAAAUUGGUCUUGUUGCGAACAUUCGUGGUGUUGCGGCAUUGGAUCAUAAAUUAUUUUGUUGAUGAUUUCGAAGAAAACAGUUACUUGUGUGAUUUGUUUUCAACCACCUUGAAUAAAAUAACCGGUGAAUCCAAUUUGGUCCAUAAUCAAGAUGAAGAAGACGAAGAUCAUUCUAUUUUCAUAUCCAAGAUAUUGGGAGAUUUGAAAAUGCAUUGGUUGAAUCUACAAAACCAAUUUUGGUCCCUUGGAAUUGAAUUAGACGCAAUCAUAGCUAGUCAUGACAUCAUAAAUUAUGAAUUACCGCUGUACCCCCAUCGUUACAACAAAUUAUCAAAAUCAAACACCGAGUUGUCAUUACAUACCAAUCCGUCAUAUCGGAGAUCAGCAAUGUUAUCCUUGUAUAAUCAAAAGGCCAUGCAUAAGAUCCCUAUUUUUGAUGACAGCCCCAAGGAAAACCCUCAAUAUUCAGUUAAUAACUUGUUUUUACAACAUCGCUCGUCUCGAGUUUCAAUCACCAAUAAAUUGCAACAACACCAGAAUCGAGCGGAAAGAAACCAAUACCAAAUCAAACAUUCAUCAUCUGUACAAUUAAGUCCACCAGCACCUGUAACACCACCUAGACAAGUACGAGGAAAGAAGCAACGUGAAAAGAAAAUCUCCAAACUGAAACAUUUGCAUAUUAAAGAUUCAGCAUUGGACUUGAAAAAGACAAAAACGGUUAGGAAACAGCAAUCACUUAAGGCAAUUCCCACCAUUAGUGAAAAUAAAACCCAAGAAUUAGAAGACGAAGUUGAAGAACACCCAACUCAUGUGAUGAUACAACAAAUAUCUCCAGAUCCAUUUUCUCGAUCAACAACACCACAGAGCAUAGAAACUUAUGAUCAAGCGGGAUUCUCCACCAAUGGGAACAUCAAACUUCCAACUUCUCAGAUUGUAAAAAUAGUCCCACCAACACCGGCCAAGAAAAUGGAUUUUGUAUUAGUAGGAUCGGGCAUAACCUCUCCAGUAGCUUCACCAAAGAGAAAAAGGAACAAUAGUAAUACAACCGGUUGUUUCAAACCUCCAGUCGUUGAACCAGAAUUUGUCCGCAAGAAUUCCGUCAAGAAAUUAAUGGAAGGGUUCAAGAAAACAUUGGUCAAUCAUAAUUCCGGAGCCUCACUCACAUCUAAUACUUCUCAAGUCACCGAAACCGGUCAUCUGGAACACGAAGGAAUCAAUAAAUUAAUCACAAAUGCCAAUAAUGACAUGGAUGGUGGCCCAAUUGGAAAUCGUGUCGAUGUAUUAAGUGCCAGAAUUAUAGAUGAAUUGGAAUUUUUAAUCCAUCAUUACAUGAGAAAUGAGUCUGCGCCAAACUUAACUAUUCAUUCACCCGAGCACAAAGAUGAGUUUGAAGAAGUUGAUCUUGAUAGUAAAAAGUCACAAUCUAUUCAAGAUAUAAGUGUUAUGGAUAUUAAUAAUUUAUCAGAGUUGAACAUUCACAAAAUUGACAAUUUAAUCAAUGACAACGAUCCAAUCCAAAAGUCAAUGGUUAGUGCCAAGCUAACACCAUCCAAUGAGAAUAUUCUUGAUACUGUUUUGUUAGAAUCAAAUCAAUCUUCCUUCCGAAAAGCAGCUAGUAUUAAUUGGAACGAUGAAGGAAAUUUAAACUUUGACCAUUCAAAGAGUGAAGAGGUAUUAGAUUCAAGCUCUAAUGUAAAUGUGAAUGGUUUCACCUCUGCCAGCGAUGAAAAGGCUUCUUUUAUUGACGCAAUCGAUGAUCUUGAAGACAUGGGCGGUAUUGAAGGUAUCAAUGAUAACGCAGAUGACGAUGAAUUUGAGUUUCUGAACCAUCAUGAAAAUACGAGGACAUUGGCUCCGGAAAGAAUAACACAACCAAGGUUCAGUUUUGAACAAGGUGUUGAAAGCUCAACCGUUUAUACAUCGUCUGGUAAUUUCAGUCAAUACGAUGUGGAGAUUGCUGAUUUGGGAAUUGCCCUUAGUCCACAGCAAAUGAAUCAGAAUAAGAGAAUUUCCAUACUAUCUCGAGGCUCUUAUGGUUCUGCAUUGAAACGAGAUUCAGUAAAAUCGUAUAUCAGUUAUGAUUCUGCUUUUUCCAUCACCAAUGAUUCAAGACAUUCCGCCAAUUAUGAUCCUAACGACUGCGGCUUGAAGAAGAAGACUGGAUUCAAUAAUCUCCGAUACUUGAACAAUGACAAUAGAUCGAAUCCGAUUAUCCUGUCUGUCAACAAUGGUGUUGUAUUUUCCCAAAUAUCCCGGUCAACAUCGAAAAGCUCACGCAAGAGCGUUGGAACCAGGUUUAGUACCCUCUGUGCCUUGACUGAAUUACCAUUUAACGAACUUGAUACUACAUUGGGUGCUAUACAACGUAAAUCUCAUGUAGGUAAUUUCCGGGGAAGAGGAUCAAGACUGUCAACUGAUAUGGCUGAAAGUUCUAUAUUUUCAAUAGCUAUGAAGAGCAACAAGAGCAAUUCAAUCAAGAACACAACUCACAAGGAAUCAUUAGUUUCAAGUAGUUCUACCAAGAAUUCCGUGGCUAUUCCUGGAAUCAGUCAUUAUGUUCUUAAAGAAUUGGCAGCUAUACCGGAUGAAACAAUUCAAUCUACUGAAAACCCAAUCGAAUUUGCAUUUCUUAAAUUGGAAGGGAAAUCAUCUUCUAAACUGGUAUUAAAAGGAAAUGAAGAAAAGGCUGCUAUAGAUGUUCCUGCGCCUCAAAGCGAUGAUCAAUUACUUCAAGUAGAUCAAACUGAAGAUAUUUUGGAUGCUAUUCAUAAUGCCAAUACUGAAGAUGCGAUUGGUUCCCCUGACAUAUCUGAAAAAGAGCUCCCAUUGACGGCAACUAGACAAAAUACAGAAAAUGAAGUUAAUACAACUACGAUUCUUGAGGGUCCUUUGGUUUCAACUCCAUAUCAAACUGACAAUGAGGAGGAGGAGGACGACAACAACAAUAUCGAUAUUGUUGGUCCUACAACUUCGACUCCAAUAAAAGACAAUCUGAAUGCCCAGUAUGAAUAUACCAAUACCUUUGCCGAUGAUGACGACGACGACGACGAUAUUGAUGGUUUUAAUUUCUCGCAACCAAUGAUGCCAUCAUCCCAUAAUUUAGGAUAUGAUACCCCCAAGACUAUUUUGGAUAAUUAUGAACCUUCUAAAGAGGUAUUAUCAGUUGAAGAAAUUAUGCAUAACAAUACCCAUAUUUCAUUCGUUCUUUCGUAUGAUUCGAAAUCACUUGCUGAUCAUUUCACUGUGAUUGAGAGAGAUAUGUUGCAAGAAAUUGAUUGGAGGGAAUUGAUUGAGUUGAAAUGGAAUAAAGAAUUGACACCUGUAAAUAGUUGGUUGGAAAUCAUUGUUAAUGAUAAUUACUAUGAUCAGAAUAAGGGGGUUAACUUGGUGAUUGCCAGAUUUAACCUUAUGGUUAAUUGGAUCAUUUCUGAAAUUCUCCUUACUAAAGAUCAUCAAGAACGAAUUAAUAUUAUUUCCAGAUUUAUUCAUAUUGCUCAAAAUUGUUAUGCCUUGCAAAACUAUUCGACAUUGAUGCAAAUCAUAUUAGCGUUGACAUCUGAGCGAGUUCAAAAAUUGAAGUCAACAUGGAGAAAUUUAUCACCGGGUGAUAUUUUAAUGCACAAGAACCUUGAAGAAAUUGCCCUGCCAUUCAAGAACUUCUUGAACCUUAGAUUAUCUAUCAAUCAAAUGAAACCUUCCCGAGGAUGUAUUCCAUUUAUGGGGCUUUAUCUUUCUGAUUUGACAUUUAAUGCUGAGCGGCCUGGAAUAAUCAAACGUCACGAUGAAGGUCAUGAGCAUUUAAUCAAUUUCUCCAAGUUUAGAACUUCAGUGCAUGUGGUUAAAUCUUUAUCACAAUGUAUAGAAUGGUCUGGUUAUUAUGACAUCAGGAUUCAAAGGGAGUUGCUUUCAAAGUGUCUUUAUAUUAGAAGUUUGGACGAGGAAGAGAUGAAUUAUUGUUUACAAGUUUUGCAUGACUCGUAGUGUUUAGUGAGCAUUUUAUAUUUUAGUUCUUUGUUUAUUUUAUUUAAUCUAAUUUAUUUUUAUAUCUUGUACA